AUGGAAGGAGUUCUAAUAGAGAUUAUUCCUCAUUUGACAGUAGCAAGAUUUGCUGGAGUAGCACAAUUGGCUAGUAUUUCUAUUGACCGCCAAUUGAUUAUAGCUUUGAUGGGUCUUCGUAUUGAUGGAAGACCAGUUAUUGCCCCUACAGGAGGUGACAGGGCACAAAUCGUUGAAGAUUUGUUGGGAAUUAGACCACCGAGUAGAUUUAUGUUAGCUGAUCAUUCUAGUAGCAGGGUCCCGGUUAGGUACCUUCCCUUACUUGAGGAUUUGAAGAUAACUGGGCAAUAUAGUUGGGGAGCUGCAGCGUUAGCAUUCCUAUACAGAGAGUUAUGCAUGUCUAUAAAUAUUGAUCGGUCUGGUGUUGGAGGAUUGACUCCACUUGUGAUGAUGUGGGUGUGGGAUAGGUUUCCAUUUCUAGCUCCAGGUGAUCCCCCUUACACACAGAAUGAUCUUCCUUAUGGCGCAUGGCUUACCAAACUUGAAGGCUUCACAACAUUGCCUAAACGACCAAAAUAA